AUGGGGCGAAUAUCUGAUAAGCUUCUAUUAGCCACUUUGCCUGUAGAAGGCUUCGUCUUUUUCGGAACGAUUAUGGGCUGGCCAAGUCUCGUGGAAGUUCUCAAAGCCCUCCAAGUAUUCGAGAGUUCCUGCGAUCCCUUGUCAAAUUCAACCACAAUCACCAGUAGCGGCAUCAUCAAUUGUAGCAAGCGAGACAGUUUCUUUUCCGCGGCAGGGACAAUUGGAAGCUUCUCAAUGAACGUUUCAGUUCUUCUGAUGGGAUUUUUGAUCGAGAAAUUGGGAAUUUUCAAAGCAAGAGCGCUUUUGACGAUUGUUGUGACUCUGGGGCUGGUUUGUUUUUUAUUCACGCCGCAGGUGAACUGGCUCGUCUUCCCGGCGGUGUUUUUCUAUUCUUGCGGAAAUUAUUCCUUCGUUUUGACGAAUUCGAUGAUGUCCGUGCUUUUUCCGAAGAUCGGCGCGCUCGUCCUCGUCAUUGGCCAGGGAUUGUUUCAAGCAGGAAGCUCUUAUUUCAGGAUUCUAGCGAUCGCCUUCGACAAUGCUGAAAUUGUUGAUGAAAAAGUAGUCGAAAAAAGAGGAAAUGUUAAAGAACAUUAUUUGGACGUAAAUUAUAUCCUGAUGGUCGUCUGGAUUGUUCUGCUGAAUAUGAAUGUACUCAACUGUAUUUUCACUUGGAACUCGUAUGCAAGACUCGUCGCUGGCGACAAUUACAAACAGCACGUCGAUGAUUUCGGAGCGUAUGCCUGGACAGCUGCGUUUUUCGCGAUGCUCUGCGGCUUUGUCUCGGAUGGCUUUGCGAAGUGCAUAAAAAGUCGACCGCUGAAAUUUGGGAAGCUUCUCGGAGUUUGGAUUUUUAUCAUUUUGAAUCUCCUCGUUGGAAUCGUUUUUGGCUUCCUUCAGCUCAGUUUCGAUGAAAAGAUGCGCUUGCCACUCAUUUUCGUCUACAACAUUUAUCGCUCCUGGGGCUACACUCUUACCCCCGUCUUCUGCCGAUUCCUCUUUCCGGAAGAAUUUUACGGAAUUUUGAUUGGAAUCCAACGAUUCUUCCUCGGCAUAACUAGCCUUUCAAUCCUCGGUCUUCAAGAAAUCCCAAGCACCUUUGGAAAAGAAGGCUUCACCGGCAUUUUCUACACUUUUAUUGCGCUGCAAGGCGUGAUGAUCAUUUUCCCUGUUGUUUUUGGAAAGCGACUGUUCAAAUUUCGAUAG